GCUGGAAUACUUUUUGUGUUUUGGUACAAGCCAUCCCUGAGCCUCGCAGUCCCUUCCCCCAUCUCCUUUCAGAGGGGAGGCUCCAACCCUGGCAAAAGAAGGAAUUGUUUUAGAAAUCAGUCAUCCAAAAAGAAGGAGAGAGGAAGGAGCAGAUUCAGGCUUACAGCAAAUAGCUCACAACAUGCUCUAACCUCUAUCUAACUACUUCCAAACACAGCCAGCCUCAGAUUAAACACUAAUAUCAACCACAACAACUCUGCACAAUCUGCAAGAUUUCUCCUCCCCAGAUCCCCAUUUCCUGAUCUCCUGGUGGCCGUUUACCGGACGAGGUGCCCCAGGGGGCAGUGUAUGAGUCUAGAAUAACUGGCUCCUAUCCCGGCGACCGGUGCAUGGGAGGAAAAUGGCAGCCAGAAGUGAUGUCAUCGCUGCGGUCUUUUAUGGCAUACUAUCCACUGUCUGCUGCCUGGCGCAAUCCAUCCGAGCCCCACAAUUCCUGGUUCAGCCGUUGUCUACCUUCCAGAAGUAUGGAGGCUCCGUCACCCUGAGUUGUGCGGUGGAGUCAGCUGGUGCGGUUAUCUCCUGGAGACUAAAUGGAGUGGAGUUGGGAGCCGAUGGAGUGGCCCCCGGGGUUCUGAUAUCUGGUGGUACCUUGGUCAUUCCUAGUCUGAACAAUGAGACGGUGGGGCGGUAUCAGUGCAUUGCUCGAACCUCAGCUGGGGCAAUGGCCAGUGUCCCAGCCAUAGUGACCCUGGCCAACCUGCAGGACUUUAAGUUGGACACACAGCACGUGAUUGAAGUGGAUGAAGGGAACACGGCCGUGAUUGCUUGUAACCUACCUGAGAGCCACCCCAAGGCCCAGGUGCGGUACAGCGUGAAACAGGAAUGGCUGGAGACAUCAAGGGAUAACUAUUUGAUCAUGCCCUCUGGUAACCUGCAAAUAGUGAAUGCCACUCAGGAAGACGAAGGAACCUACCAGUGUGCCGCGUAUAACCCUGUGACCCAGGAAGUGAAAACCUCAGCGUCCAGUGACCGACUUCGUGUGCGCCGUUCUACAGCAGAGGCAGCACGUAUCAUUUACCCCCCAGUUGCUCAGACUAUCAUUGUCACCAAAGGCCAAAGCCUCAUCCUGGAGUGUGUGGCCAGUGGGAUGCCACCCCCAAAAAUCACAUGGACCAAGAACGGAACAGGAAUAGUAGGACUCAACAAAACCCGCUUCUUGCUGAGCAAUCUCUUGAUUGAUAGCACGAAUGAGGAGGAUUCUGGGACAUACACAUGCACAGCUAGCAACGGGAUAGGGGACGGGGGUCCUGCCUUCAUCUUCUAUAAAGUCCAGGUGUUUGAACCACCAGAGGUCAGUAUGGAGCUGACCCAGCCGAUGGUAACAUGGGGUCAGAAUGCAAAGUUUGUUUGCGAAGUCAGAGGUAAUCCCCAGCCUUCGGUGGUGUGGUUAAAGAACGCUGAACCAGUACUCCUCAGUAUAAGGCACAAGAUCUCAAGGAAGGUGCUGAGGGUGAAUAAUGUGGGGCCAGAGGAUAAUGGGAUUUAUCAGUGCAUGGCUGAGAAUGAAGUGGGCAGUUCACAGGCAUUGGUUCUUCUCAUGACCAAGAGAGCAGGAACCUUCCAACUCUUUGGGUCCGAAACACUCACCCAGCUGCCUACACUUGCUCCACCAGUAAAUGAUCGUCAGUUACUCCUGAAGGCCCAGUUAAAGCCAAGGUCUCCAACUCCCGGGCUCCCUGUUUUAUGUCCGUCUGAAAAAGGCAGCAUCCUUCAGCCUGAAGCCCCCAUCAUCCUUAGCUCACCUCAGACACCCAAGACAGACUACUAUGAACUGGUGUGGAAGCCAAGACAUGGUGGCGGAGCUUCCCUUUUAUAUUACACCGUCAAAUAUCGUAAGCAAGUGGUCAAUGCUACCGAUGAGUGGACAGUGUCACGUGUCCCUGGCUCUCAGCACCGACUAAUACUGACUAAGCUCGAUCCUAUGAGCUUGUACGAGGUGGAGAUGGCAGCUUAUAACUGUGCCGGGGAAGGGCAGACUGCGAUGGUGACCUUCAGGACAGGGCGCCGACCCAAACCUGAUAUCAUCCCCAGCAAAGAACUUCAGAUCCAAAAGGAUGAUCCUGGAACCAGCACCCAGAGCAGCAACCAAUCCGAUAACAAUCGUCUCUCCCCUCCUGAAGCACCAGAUCGACCCACUAUCUCAACAGCGUCUGAAACCUCUGUAUACGUUACAUGGAUUCCAAGGGGAAACGGUGGCUUCCCCAUCCAGUUCUUCUGUGUUGAGUAUAAGAAGCUGAAGCAGCCAGGCGAUUGGGUUGUAGCCACCAGGGACAUCCCCCCUUCUCGCCUGUCGGUGGAAAUUACAAAUCUUGAAAAAGGGACCUCAUACAGGUUUCGGGUGAGGGCUCUGAACAUUCUGGGAGAGAGUCAGCCCAGUGCAGCCUCCAGGCCGUACGUGGUGUCUGGAUACAGUAAUCGCGUGUACGAGCGUCCCGUCACUGGGCCCUACAUUACGUACACCGAGGCCUUGAAUGAGACCACCAUCAUGCUGAAGUGGAUGUAUUUCCCAGCCAGCAACAAUAACACACCCAUUCACGGGUUCUACAUCUAUUAUCGACCCACGGACAGCGACAACGACAGCGACUACAAGAAAGAUGUUGUGGAAGGUGAUCGUUAUUGGCAUUCAAUCAGCCACCUACAGCCAGAGACCUCGUAUGAUAUUAAAAUGCAGUGUUAUAACGAGGGUGGUGAAAGCGAGUUUAGCAACGUGAUGAUGUGUGAAACUAAAGCUCGAAAAGCUUCUCAACAGCCCGGUUCCCCGUCUCAUGCUGUGAUUCCUUCACCACAACUCCCCCACGGAAGCGGUGUACCUGGGCCAGCGACCGUGGCUCGGUCAAGUGACUUGCCAUACCUGAUAGUUGGCGUAGUCCUGGGAUCCAUUGUGCUUAUAAUCGUGGCUUUCAUCCCUGUAUGCCUAUGGCGGGCGUGGUCUAAGCAAAAACAAACUACGGACGUGGCGUUCCCCAAUACAAGUCUGCUCACGUCCUCCUGUCAGUACACUAUGGUUCCUCUGCGAGGUGUCUCUUCUAUUAGCACCAUUCCUUAUGCUAAUCCUGCCAUUAUGAAUGGAUCCUGUCUAAAGCCGGGCUAUAUGGAAGCAAAGCAGCGAGACUAUACCUCAGAGACAACAAAUCAGGAGGAAGCGAACACGUUACUGGAAGGAUGCGAUUUGGGACCCAAGGAGCUCACGGAAAGCUGCACGCCUAUCGGGUUGUGUCCUAUUCAGAAGCAAGAGAUCCCUGCAGUGUGCCAGCUUUGUGAAGAUGGCACUGCUCAGACCUUGCGUGAUACCUGCCUAGUCCAGGAAGGGGUCUCUGGCCUCUAUUGCAUGACAGAAGGGACCCAGAGUUGUCCAGUCCUUGCUGUGCCCCCAGAGCAAGGUCCAUGCCAAGGCUCUGUGUGUUCCCUUCCAGUGGUGGACAGUACAGAUAUUCCAGUCUCUCUGCAAACUCUGGGGGACGUUCUCCCUCACCACUGCACAAUACAGAUCAGGGACACAGAACAGAACUCCAACACCUGGCACUCCAGUACACAUUGCCUGCACACAUUCGAGAGACCUGCUACUUAACAGACUGGACUCAAUUUAACAGAUUCUACAGGGAGUGAACUUGUUGCACUAUCUAGUAAUCCUAAGUAUUUCAUGUAAGAGAUACCUUCAUAUUUCACAGUGUUACGCAUUGGAGGAUGGAGAUUACUUGGAGUUUGCUCAGAAUAUUAUCUCACCAACGGCCCAUCACUUUCUCUUUGUUGGAGAAUUGGAGCAUGGAUUGAGGGUUGAGAAAAUGGUGAAAAGUGAGGACAGAUUUGGUGGAUAGAUAGAUGCUGACCCUCAUCUUGGCCCCCAACGGCUAAGAUUGAGGCACUUUUAGAGAGACACGGCAAAGACCUAUCCAACAUGGAGGCCAGAGAAACAUUAUGAGUUCCAAGAUUUCUUUCAACAAGUUUUGUGACAAAAAAAACCCCAACAACUAUUUCUCAAUAAAUGUUUUUCAUGAUGGUCGUCAACCAGGAGGGGACGAAUGCACUUAAGAAUUAGAUGACCCUCAUGUUACAUUUUAUUUUUUAUUUAUCGAGAAAUAUGUUGAGCAACAAAGCUUUUUAGAAAUACUUAGUCAUAUGGUAUCGUGCAGCAAGUUCACCUCCCUUUAAAAGAGAAACAAAGGUUUAUUUUUAUAUGACAGCUAUAUUUAUAUAUUUAUGCACUUGUAUAUAGAAAUUAUUUUCUUUAUCAUGAGAUAUUACGAAUAUCCAAAUAGUCUUUAAAUUAAAGGGACCAAAUUAUUUUGCACCAGAUAUGGAGCUACAGUAGACAAAAAAAAGACUUGACUCUGCCAAAGAGAGUAUUAUUAAGGAAGACUGCCUCUUACGGGACUGAUGGACAUGCACUACAGAAACGGGACCCUUGAACUGCAACCCACCCUGAUCAGCAAUAGGAAAAUACAGUAACCUGCAAAAGAAAUCCUCCACCCAAGCAAGGAGUUCAGGCUGGAGUAACAUGGGACAAUUCUCCCUGACUGUCAAUCAGGACAGUUAGUGACAUGAGUGACUGUCUACUUAUUCAUUUAUUGCCAUACUUCUUAUCCGAUGUGUACAUGCGCGAUAUGUAUAUGUCUUAACACAAUAUGACAUUUGGCUACAUUUCAUAUAUAUGUAUAAAAAAAGAAAAUGAUUGGAAGAAACUAUAAUAAAUGCUUAGUGGUUUAUUUUA